AUGGCUGAAUCUACCGGAGCAGCACCAGCACCAACCUCCGAAGCGAAGGUUCACAUCGUCUACACCGAGAAACCCACCGGUGAUCAAGAUCCCAAAGCUUUUCAUCUCCGUACCCUUUCCUCCGCUCUCGGCAGUGAGGAAGCUGCAAAUGAUGCUCUGAUUUACACUUACAAGGAAGCUGCUACUGGUUUUUCAGCUAAGCUCACACCUGAACAAGUCGCCGAGAUUUCCAAUUCAAUUGUGACGACGGUUGAUAGCAACCAGGUGUGA